AUGAACCUCUCUACUCUUACGACGACACUCUUUGGUGUACUUAAUCUUGUUCUUGCUACGGAAACUUUGCUUCCGAAGGAUAAGAUAUCUCACACAGUAAGCUCGGAAGAGACCGACCAAAAUAUGGAAAUCCCGAUCAACGAGCGCGACAUUCCUCUGACACCUAUCUCCCGGGAGGAAAACCCACUAUGCUGCAAACAAAUGGCACGAGAUUGGCUCUCUGUAUCGACUAUGUGCGCCACAGCUGCAUCUCAACAGAUAGCACUUUUACCUCAAAGCGCUUGUUACAUUACGGGUAAUACUUGCAAACCGCUCGCUUGCUAUGGGUCAGCGGAAGUCUACUUUUGUAAUGAUAAACCAUAUCCACAAAAUCCACCAUGCGCUGAGCUCGCUAAUUUUGUCGCCAAAAUCCAAGGAGAGUGCAACGCGGUCGAUGAUAAGCAUGCACACUUCGUUUGUGGUCAACAGUUUGAUACGGGAGGAUUUAAUGUCGUGGUAAAGCGGGCGACUGACAAGAAUGUGAAGUGUCAAAAACCGACUUUCGAUUGUGUUGGUAAUUCUAUUUGGGAGUAA